AUGGGAAAGUUAAAAAGGACAUCAAAGCUGGCCCAAAGAAGGCAGAAGGACAAGCAACUUCAAAAAAAUGGCUCUUCAACUGGUAAAGGCCAUCCCCAUCAUAAAAGGGACCGUAAUGAUGUUAAAGAGAUGCAGAAGGUGGCACCUUUGAUGACAAAUUUGACUUCUUCUUCUCAAAAUGCUAGAUCGAUGGCUGUUAAUUCCAUUACAUUACUUUGUGAUAAUGAUGCCGAAUUGAGAAAGAUAUUUCUCAAGAACGAUUUGGUCAAGAUCAUCCUCACCAAACUUCUUCAUGAUACCAACGAUGAUAUCGUUGUGGAUAGUUACGGAUUACUUCGAAACUUGAUGAUAGAUGAGGGCUAUUCUUUGUGUAUGCAUCUUUGGAGAUCCGAUCUUUGGACAUUGCUUGAGAGCAGCUUCAAGAAGGCAAUUGAGUCUCUUCCUCAUUUGAACGAUGAUAAGGUUACUAAAGUUGGUAAGGAGCUACUAGUGAACUUCAUUGAUAAUUUGAUUGGCUGUUGUGACUCCCUUUGCAGUGAGCUCCCUUUGAAGUUGUUUGAAGAUACUAUUUUGGAAAAAUUACAAGAAUGUGGCAUUCUCAAAUUCAUCUUUGAAUUGGUGAAGCAGAAGCCCAAUGGACGAUUAUUAUUGAACAGUUUAGAGUUCUUGUAUGAUUUAGCUACGAUAUCUUAUAAAUUUAUUUCAGUCAUCGCUAAUGAUGGCGAUGAUAUUGGGGUCCUUAAUGAUAUCAGCGAUGUUAGCAAUGUUGGUAAGCUAUCCAGAGCUUAUCUCAUUGGUAUCUUGCUGCAGGUGAUGGAGUAUAAAGAAGAAGUCUCCGACAGAAGAAAGUUGGUGGACCAAAUUUUAAUCCCAUUAUCGCAAAUAUACGAGAAGGAUAUAAACUUGAAGGCUACCGUGGAUCAAUUAAACCUCUCCUACAAGUCCAAUCCUACCGCUGAGGAGAGUAGGCAACUAGGACUUGCAAAGGAUAAUUUCAACACCCUUGAUUUAAUAUUGGAUUUGUACUCUAGUGUCAUUGAAAUGGUUGGAGAAAACUAUGAGAGUGGAAAGGCUGAUCCCGCUGCUGAUUUUUUCAAUAACCAGUUGAAGCAGUUCCUCUUUGAUAUGAUUGAGAGCAAUUUCAAAGACGAUAAAGUGCUAACAUGCCUUAACAAUUUGUGUAUAUUCGAUGCAUCCAACCAUUUGGUUGAUCAAAAGCUAUUGCAAUUUUUAGACCAGGUUCAACAGCUGCUAUCUGAAAAGUUCACUCAGUUACUAGAUAGUACUGAUAUUAGCAACGAAUCCUUGGAAGAGGUUAAUCAGCUGUUGAAUUUCUACAACAGUUUCACUGAUAUGGAAGAUGUCUCUCGUUGGAAUGUUAAUGCCGAUCAAAUGGCCAAAUUAACCCAGCUCUCUGGUGUUAUAUCUUCGAAAGUAGAAGCUGGCGAUGUGGAUGCUUUGAACUUCCUUCAAUUCAACCAGUUUUUGAUAAUGUACAUCGGCAAAAUCUCCAAGAACUGCGAUGAUUUGGAGAUCACCAAGGGGAUUGUAAAGUUCUUGGUAGAUGAAAAGUUUCUCAAGUAUCUCACUCUCUAUGGCACCUUCAAAAACGCCGAGCAGCUUCAUAAUAAAUUGGGAUAUUUGAUAGAAGAUACCCUCAAUUUGGCCAUAAAUGCCAUAUUUGAUGUGUUUGACGACGAUUACAGCUACAAUAGACCAAUAUUCCAUGAGGGUGGUCUUCUCCAAGUAUUGAAAGAUCAUAAAGAUGAGCUCAAACGGGUCUAUAAGUACAUUGAUAAGAAUGUGAACCCGCAGGUUAAGAAAAGAACACAAGAAACUAUGGAGAACUUGGUCAGAUUCAUCGAGUACAAAGAGACAGAGUUAUAG